AUGUCGUUAAUACCAGAUCUGAGAACGGCCAAGAAGAUCGGCUUCAUUGUGCCUUCUUCCAAUGUCGCAGUCGAAGCGAUAACCACGGCCAUACUGGCUUCUCUAAACGUCAACAUCAUCCCUAUCUUCACACGCAUUCGAGUCCUCACCGUAGGAACAGACGCAACAUCCCGCUCUCAAUUCAGCCCAGACGUCUUCACCAGCGCCGCUCAGCUCCUAACAGACGCAGAAUGCUCUGCUAUUCUCUGGAACGGAACCUCGGGCAUGUUCAUGGGCCACGAUCUCGAGGCCGAUCGUGCAUUAGCGAAAGCCAUGAGCGAUGCCGCAGGAGGAAUUCCCUGUAGCACCACCACUCUCGCUACUGUGGCUGCACUGGAGCAUCUCAGCAUUCGCGAUGUUAGCAUUGCCGUACCCUACACUCCUGAGCUCACGGAGAAAGUGAACCAGUUCUUCUCCGGCGAGGAGUUCAAAGUCCACGCAGCUGUCCGCAUGGACAAGACUCCGGCUCCAAAUCGAGAGAUCGCGAAGUGUACAGAGGACGAGAUGGAAACUGUCAUCCGGAAAGCAGCUGUUCCUGAAGCUAAAGCGAUACUGGUCACCUGUACCAACUGGCCAGCCACAGGACUGGUCCAGAGGCUGGAGGACGACUUAGACUUGACUAUUGUCGACAGUAUUGGUGUGACGCUUUGGGAAGGUCUGAGGAUGAUCGGGUACAAUGGCAAAGGUGAAGAUUUGCGACAGUGGGGCAGAUUGUUCACUUCGUUGGCGCAGUAG